AGGGGAUCCGUCAGAUCUGAACUCAUCACACUCACGCUCUGACUGUGGGAGCUACAGCACAGCACAGGAUCUCAGAGCAGGACUUUCCCUUUUGGAUCAUUUUGGACUUUUGUCUUCUUCUGGAGGAGAUUGGACAUCUUCUACAUAACAUGACUCUGAACAAAGGUGACAAAUUGAGUAACAUGGAUAAGCGGAGAGGCAGCAUGCCGUUCCCCGUCCACCUUCAGAACCUGCACCGGAGGAGCAUGCCGGUGGACGACCGCGAGCUGCGCUCAACCGUGCCCUCUGUGCAGUCCUCCGAGCUGUCCAGCCUGACCCGCUGCACGUCCUACAGCCCGGGCGAGGAGCACCGCCACAGCUGCGUCUCCGACUCCUCGGACUCCGUCAUCUCCUCCGGCAGCGACUCUGAGGGACAGAUCUACAAGGUGGUUCUGCUGGGAGAGCACGGUGUUGGGAAGUCCAGCCUGGCCAGAAUAUUCGGAGGAGUGGAGGACAACCACGACUGUGAGGAUGCAGGAAAUACAUACGACAGAUCAAUUACUGUUGAUGAGGAGGAGGCCAACAUUCUGCUGUACGACGUUUGGGAACAGGACAACAGCCAAUGGCUGAAGGAUCAGUGUAUGAAAAUGGGCGACGCCUACAUCAUCGUUUACUCUGUGACGGACAAGUCCAGCUUCGAGAAAGCCUCAGAGCUCCGUAUCCAGCUGCGCCGAGCGAGACAGUCCGAAAACAUCCCCAUCAUCCUGGUGGGCAACAAGAGUGACCUAGUGCGCUCCAGAGAAGUUUCAGUAGAAGAGGGCAGCGCCUGCGCAGUCGUCUUCGACUGCAAGUUCAUCGAGACGUCGGCCUCCCUGCAUCACAACGUGCGCACGCUGUUCGAGGGCAUCGUCCGGCAGAUCCGCCUGCGCAAAGACAGCAAGGAGGAGAACGCCCGGCGCAUGGCCAACUGCAAGCGGCGCGAGAGCAUCAGCAAGAAGGCCAAGCGCUUCCUGGGCCGCAUGGUCGCCCGCAAGAACAAGAAGAUGGCCUUCAGGCAGAAAUCCAAGUCCUGCCACGACCUGUCAGUGCUCUGAGAGAACGAGAGAGCGUGCGCGAGAGAGAAAGAGAAAAAGACAGAAUGAUAGAAAAAGAAAAAGAGACAGCUGGACAUUGCGUUGUCUGUCGAUGUCGAUGUGGCCCAGGCGCGAGAGGGCACCGAGACCAGAAGCUGUGUGUGUGUGUUCAACACCAAACCUAAGGACUAGAGAACUGUACAGAGAUAUUCGCAGUAUUUUCUCUUUUUGUAAAAUCUGACCGAAGUCCGAAGUACGAGAUAGACCUGCAUGAAGCUUUUUUUAAGUUUAUAUAUUUUUUUUUUUCAACUUUAAUUUUGCUGCCUUAACAUGUAGAGUCAUUGAAUUCUAGCUGUGUGAGUUGAAGGCCAAUUCUCGAAGCCGUUCCAGUUCGAACGGCAUGCCUUCUAGAUGGAAAUAUGGAAAAGAAAAUUGGAAAAAGGAAAACGGAAACUACGUUUGUGAAAGCAUGAGCUAUUGGAAACUAUGUUUGUGAAUGCAGUAGCUAUCAGACGUACUGAUGUGUACAGUACACUUCUCAUGUGUGAGUGUGUGUGUAGGAGAACGAGCACAAUUUUUCGAUUUUUUGUUCCGUAUUUAUAUGAGAAUCGUAAAUAUUACGGAAUUAUACUUACUUGAAUAUGAGUGCGCAGGUUCGUACUUCAGCCAAAACACACACAAACACACACACACACACACACAAACAGGACUAUAAAGUUCAAGACGGGUGGGGUCAUCAAUGGGUCGAGGGUGGGGUCGGGGGGGUGGGGGCGGGGCUUCAAAGUGACUGGCACACUGGUUUCACACAUUUGUUCAUGAAUUAACUACUAUUUAAUUGAGAUGUGUGGUUGAAUGGCAUAGAAGCAAUAACUUAUGUGUUCUGUGAGAUGUUUUUCAAGAUGUUUGAUUUGCACUUCCAUUUAAUAUUAUUAUUGGAUUGUUAAUUUUAUUACAUGUUUACAUUGAUUUUUAAUAAAAGGAUUAAAUAAAAGAACAGCAA